AUGCAAUUCUAUUUUAUUAUAAAAUAUUAUAUUUUACUUUUUUUUACAAUAAUUAAUAUUAAUGAAACAGUUAAGUGGUUAUCUGUUGGUGUUGGAUCAGAGGAUCAUCCAAUAAUAUUAAGAUCUGCUAAUGAAUGUAAAAAUAUUAAAGGAUUAACAAAAAAACAAAUUAAAUUUUGUAAAAAAAAUUUAGAUGCUAUGACAUCUGUUGCUAGAGGUGCUAUUGAAGCUUACAGUGAAUGUCAAUAUCAAUUUAAAGGACGAAGAUGGAAUUGUUCACUUAUUGAUCCAGAAACAAAAGAAGUCUUUCCUGAAGUUAUAUUAAAUAAUGCUAUUCGCGAGACAGCUUUUGUUCAUGCUGUAUCAGCUGCUGGUGUGGCAUAUAGAAUAACUAGAGAUUGUAGUAAAGGAUUAAUGGAUAGAUGUGGUUGUGAUAUGAGUCAAAAAGGGAAAGAGAGCAUAAAUUAUUAUAAUACAGAUCAAGUAAAUGAUAAAGGAUUACCAAUACCAAAUAUUAAUAGUGGUGAAGGAUAUAGUUGGAGAGGAUGUUCUGAUAAUGUACAAUAUGGUAUUGGUGUAUCAAAAGAAUUUGUUGAUGGAGGUGAAAAGGGUAGAAAUUUGUCAUCUCAACAAGUUAUUAUGAAUUUACAUAACAAUAGAGCUGGAAGACAAAUAUUAGUUGAUAGUAUGAGAAAAAUGUGUAAAUGUCAUGGUGUUUCAGGAUCCUGUGAAAUGAAAACAUGUUGGCAAUCAUUACCAACAUUUAGAGAAAUUGGUAAUAUUAUAAAAGAUAAAUUUGAUGGUGCAACAGAAGUAAGAGUUUCAAGAGAAGCAAAUAAAUAUAAACUUAUCAGAAAAAAUCCAAUGUUUAAAAGACAUACAAGUGUUGAUUUAGUUUAUAUACAACAAUCACCUGAUUUUUGUAAUCCCAAUCCAUCACAAGGUGUUUUUGGGACAGCUGGACGUGUAUGUAAUAUAACAUCACAAUCAGUUGAUGGUUGUGAUCUUUUAUGUUGUGGUAGAGGUUAUGAUCGAAAAGUUGAAAUUAAAGAAGAAAUGUGUAAUUGUAAAUUUCAUUUUUGUUGUAAGGUAGAAUGCCAAAAAUGUAAACGUACAAGAGAAGUCUAUACUUGCCGAUAA